CGAGUCGUUUUCGAAUGGUGUGAAUUGAGCAACAGUUCAAUGUAAUCACCAUUGUUUGCCACUAUUAUUGUUUCAGACUUAUAUGUCGACCGACUUGACGACUCUAAUAUAACUGAAUUUGUGCUGAGUUCUGAAUUCGUCCCGUGUUUCGAUGCACACACUUUUAGAUUGAGAUUUGCCUAUUUUAACAUAAUUUAUUUAUCAGUGUGAAAAGUUGAAACAGUAUUUGUCCUAAAUGUUUUCCACGACAAUGAUUUCCGAACAGGCGGAGCAGCACCUUUCGAGCAUGGAGGAGCGCAAAUCUCACGUUAUGAUUUGGUUCGAUAAGCAGAUCAAUCUGGAGGAGCUUUUUGCGUGCGCCAUUUGCCACAAUCCAAUCGAUGUUGAUCAUCCUAUCCAUUGUCCAGAGUGUUCGAAGUUAUUUUGUGGUGAUUGUAUCGAUCAGUGGCUAAACAUUCAUUCGAUUGGGUCCUCUAUGAAGCGAUGUCCCUGUUGUCAGGUUGAAGUGGAUGUGGGUAGCUUUGUUUACUGUCGUGUCUACCAGGAUGUGAAUGAAAUGAUCGACAACUUGCGAAACAAGCUAGAAGAGUUGAUCCGCCUGGUCAGCAUUCCCCUGAAGGCCUGCGAAGAACAUGGGAAAGAGCUGUUACUGUUUUGCAGUGCGUGUAAAAAGUGCAUCUGUAUUAAGUGUCUUUUCAGUGCUGCACAUAAGAUACAUAUUAAUGAUAUUGUGGAACUAGACGAGGCAAGACAGAAGUACAAAAAGAUGAUUGAAAACGAGCACUCGUUUCUGGCGAAUCGGCUUGAUGCCUUGACUAAAGCAGGACAUCAGAUUGCGGCCAAUGAGUCGGACAUGGUGGAUGCAAACGAGAGCAUAAUUGAAGAUCUGAAUUGGGCGAUGGAACAAAUUAUCGAUAAAGUUAGGGAUGAGAUGAGCGAACGAUUUAGGCAACAGGUUGAACCUGUGAAAGCUGUAACACAGCAACAGAUGAAGGAGGUGAAGGCAGUUAUGCGAAAAGCAUUCGAACUCGCCGCUGAGGAGACGAGUCCUUCUGUCAUGAUGGAAACAUUCCAAAUGGUUGGCACUAUAAAAAAGAUGUACUAUGAGCCCGUCCCAGCACUUCGAUUACCGAAAACCGAAUUUGUUAAUCCGAUAACACCACAAUUCGCGGAGCUGUGUUUCAUCAUCCAUGGAUUCAGCAACACAAUUCGGUUGAAUGGACAAAUUCUCUCAGAGCAACAGUCAGUCGAAGGAUACAUGUUGCAGCUCAAGGGUCACCAGGAUCGGGACGAGAACGGUAACGCUGUCGUCAAGUUGUCCCUCAUCAUAGUUGAUGGGUACAAUGUGUACGGUGUCAAGGUGAUCUGCUACCCAGUGAAGAGUGCAUCUGUCGAACCCUUGGCGCGACGUAUGGAUUUGAAACUGGGCGAGGACAACACAGUGCUGGAAUUUUCCGACUUUCAUGCGAUGGAGGGAUUUCUCGAGGAAAAAACCGAUAAACUGCGUUUACGAAUGAACUUCCGGUUGUGGGCAACUUAUUACGAGAAAUGUGUUCACAAAGAUUGGUACAUUGAAAAGCUGACGGGGGUUAAGCAGAAAAAGCCGGGAUCGAAAAAUGUUGCAUGAUAACGAUAUGUGUCGGAUGUUACUGAUUUGACUAAAUAUGAAAUAUACCAAUUUCUUUAAAUUCCAA